UUUUUUCCUCAGAGUCCUCACCGGCACCACUUAUAGUAUGGCCCGUACAAAACAAACAGCCGGUAACAGUACCGGAGGGCCUGCUAGACGUGGUCACCUACCUAUAUUCAAGAAGGUCACUGGCCAUGCCGGAAAACAACUUAUCAAAACUGUCCAGGCAACGCCACCACGCGUGAAGAUAAUGCCAAAGCCCAACUCCCACAACAUCUUCUGUUUCUUUUGCUGCGACGGUGGCUCCCUAUAUGACUGCACCGUAUGCCCACGCUCAGUUUGCGAUCGCUGCAUCGUUAUUCCGCCAGAGUUUCAGGAGCUUAUUAUGGACCCCGGCGUUUAUUUUAUUUGUCCAGGGUGCCAUGAAAUGCGUACAAAGGGAGAUGCCAUGAAGCCAUAUUUUGCGUUCGAGAAUGCUUCAGGUCAAGGGGUCCUACCCACCCCUGUCACCAUCCACGGGCACAUCGAGGUCACCAGUCGCUCACAAAUAUGCAGUAGCCCGGUACUCAUCCUUCACUUCGUUAUCAAAGGUCUCGACCCUUCCGGAUCGCCUGCAACCAGCAUGCAACAGCAAUUAAGGCCGUUCAAGCCACAGAAUAACAUGCAAUAUCAUGAAAUCAUUUUCGAUAUCGGAACGGGUAAGAAGGCCGAGAAACACCUUACAACGAUGAAGCAACUCGUGACCCGAAUCAAACUCCUUCAGUGUGAGCGUGUCGAGGUCUUCGUCUUCUCGCACUCGUCUACCACGGAGGGCUCACGAGGUGAUAUCUGGGGGGGAUAUGCAGACGACGAGUCUAGUGGAAGGGGAAGAAAUAAAGUGGUAAUAGAGGGCGGCCCUGUCGCUUAUACAGUGAACGAUGUCUGUUUGUCGGCGGCAUCGAGGAUUACGUCAAAGGGUCUACCUUGUGGAUGUUCGUCUGCGGUCAUAUGGUACAAGAACCAGACGCGUUCGGGGCAUUCAAGGCCUGUGUCAAAGAGUAUGAAGUCGAGCAUGCAUUCGCAUUUGGUGCCGAGCGAUUUCACGCAUGCCUGGUCGUACCAUUUAUCAGCACUUACGUCGGCCGUGUACUUGUUGAAGGGUUCGAGGUGCAGGAUGUCAUUCGAGACAUCCUCCUGGCAUCCCCUCGGCUUGGAAUGCAUUCGUCCGUUGUCCAUUUAUACAGGCCAAAUGCCUUCCGUCGCCGCCCAACCACCAUAUCAGAGUACACCCAAGGACUAAUGUGCGAUCCGACUGGUCCGACCUCCAUGAUUGUGUCCACAUACACAUUCUUCCACGAGAAUCUUCGCCCGUUCGGUAACGUACUGCCCUACCAAUGCUCGAAAUGUAUGUGUGUUCGUCCAUGGGAGCGCGUGGCUUCUAAGAAAUCCGGGCGGGAUGAAAGCACCUUCCGUUGCAAGGGGACUGAUUGCGAUCACACCCUUACGUUCGCGAAGUCCAAGGAGUCCCAAGUCAUGAACAAGGGCAGCCGCGCGUCUUCUGGCUGGUUUGUGUCAGUAACCACCGAGCCUGAUACAGUAGCAGACCCUUAGCUGACUAUGGA